UAAAAUCUGACGUGGUGAGGAGACGCGCUGAGUCCAAUCUGGGUAACCAAGGCAGCCCGGGAGAGGGGAAGGAAGGAGGUUCGAGGUGAAUGAAGGAGGAGCAGAGAGGGGCUUCGAGUCAGCCGGCAGCGGGGGUGGUCCGCCACUUGCGAGCUCGGGGGCGGCUGAGGACCAGGGUGCAUCAGGAUCCCCGCUUUCCAUGGAGGCUCCCGAGCUGGGCCCGGGGUUGGUGGAGCGUCUGGAGCAGCUGGCGACGUGUCCGCUGUGCGGGGGCCCCUUCGAGGACCCAGUGCUGCUGGCGUGCGAGCACAGCUUCUGCCGGACGUGCCUGGCGCGCUGCUGGGGGACCCCGGCGGCGCCGGGCGCGGAGGCGGCGCCCCCUUCCUGCCCCUGCUGUGGCCAGCCGUGUCCCCGACGCAGCCUGAGGUCCAACGUACGGCUGGCGGUGGAGGUGCGCAUCAGCCGCGGGCUGCGAGAGAAACUGGCGGAGCCCGGGGCCCGGACCGGGAGACGGCGAGGGGGCCGCAUCCCCACCAUGGGCUGCCUAGACCCGCACGGAGAGGAUAUGAGGAAAACAUGGAGAAGAUUUGAUGUUCCAACACCCAAGCCUUCUCACUCAGAGGAGGAUCUCCCUGAAGAUUACCCUGUGGUGAAAAACAUGCUUCACAGAUUGACAGCUGACCUGACGCUUGACCCUCGUACUGCACACCGCGGUUUGCUCAUCUCCUCUGACCACCGCGGCGUGAGUCUGGCUCCACCAGGAACGCCGGCGCCGCUUGACAGUCCGGCUCGCUUCGAUCAGCUCCUGGCGGUGCUGGGUGCACAGGGCUUCGCAUCAGGCCGCCACUGCUGGGAGGUGGAGACCGCGGAAGGCGUGUCCUUCAGAGACUCUACUGCAAAGGAUGAGGACCCAGAAGAGAGCUGCUAUGCGGUGGGCGCUGCUGGGGAGUCCGUGACGCGUAAGGGCCUCAUCAAGCUGUGCCCAUCGGAGGCUGUAUGGGCCGUCGAGGGCCGCGGCGGCCGCUUGUGGGCGCUCACGGCCCCAGAACCCACUCUGUUAGGCGGCGCCAGGCCACCGCCGCAGCGCAUUCGCGUGGACUUGGACUGGGAGAGGGGCCGUGUGGCCUUCUACGACGGCCGCUCACUGGACUUGCUCUUCGCCUUCCAGGCGCCGGGCCCGCUAGGGGAGCGCGUCUUCCCCCUUCUCUGCACUUGUGACCCCCGUGCCCCUCUGCGCAUCGUGCCGGGAGAAGGCUGAGCUUUUGCUCUCCAGCUCCUACCCCUAGCCUACCUAGCUGGAAUGCCUCGAGACUACUCUCCAAACAGAAAUCCCCGUCUAUUUCAGUGAUCUUGUCUGUACACCUGUCGCAGCAGAAUUAAUAAGCACCCUUCACCCACUCACACUUAUUUUUUUUCCUCCCAAAAUAAGACCUCUGGCGUGUACAUCCGUGCCUUUAAGGCAGUGUGGUCCUAAGUCUCCAUGCCUGAAUACAACCUUUUUCUUGAGUUCUUUCUGUACCAUUCCAGGCAGGGAUAGAGAAAGAGGCUGUCUGUACCACCAGUACUCGGGAAAAGUCCGAAUUUACCUCCAAUUCCAAAGGGUCAGAGGCAGAUCCACAGCAGGAAGGCUGGAGCUUCCUCCUAACGUCCACUCUGAGGAUUUCCCUCAAGAAAAACAGGUCUUAAAACUAGAUGCUUAACUCAUAACCUAAGCCUCUUGGGACUUGAAGCCUAAAACAUAAAUGUUGGGAUGUAUAAGCAAGCCAUUCUGCCCUCCACCUUCCUUCUAUGACGCUUACAGCCUUUUUCCAUUGAACACCCUCCUGGAACUUCAUCUUGCACACAAAAGAACCAAUGGUGCUACCUCCCUUCUGUGCCUGGGA